AUAGGCGGAAGAUAGGGCACGCACAGAGUCUCUCCACAUAAAGCAGAAAGUUCUCGAACAGAGCUCUCCCACGUGACCAUCACGUGGCCUUCCGCCUGUCCAACGUGCCCUUCCCUCCGCCUAAAGCAAACGUCGACACGCAAAAGAAAGAGAAAGAGAAAGAGAAAAACGCGAGAAAAAGCAAAGCAAAGCACAAAGCCAAAUAAGAUUUGAUCAAACUUCCAGGUCUCUGUUAAACCCAAUUCCUUUCCUUUCAUCUCUUCCUCUUUAGCUCAGUCUCUCAGCAACCAAACAGCAGAGAGCCAAAAACAAUCAUAGCAUAGAUGGGCGCGGUUUCGAAGGAGGCUCAGCUUUCGAUUGCGGCUUCUUCAAUGUUUCCUGGGUUUAGGUUUUCACCCACCGACGAGGAACUGAUUUCCUAUUACCUGAAGAACAAGCUGGAAGGACCUGAACCUGGGAAGAGCGUAGAGGUCAUUCCUGAAGUUGAUAUUUGCAAUUUCGAGCCCUGGGACUUGCCAGCCAAAUCUGUCAUUCAAUCGGAUAAUGAGUGGUUCUUCUUUUCUCCACGAGGAAGAAAGUACCCAAAUGGCUCACAAAGCAGAAGAGCAACAGAAUUUAGUUAUUGGAAAGCCACAGGAAAAGAACGCAACGUAAAGUCAAGUUCUAAUGUAAUUGGUACAAAGAGGACACUUGUGUUCCACAUGGGUCGUGCGCCAAAAGGGGAAAGGACAGAAUGGAUUAUGCACGAAUACUGCAUGAAUGACAAGUCCCAGGAUUCUAUUGUUGUUUGCCGCCUCCGGAAGAACAGUGAUUUCCGUUUAAAUGACACCACAAACGGAGGUUCUUCAAGUCGAAGUCCUUUAUCAACUGUGCAUAAUAGUGAAAAUGCUGUCUCAGAAGUUGGUAUUGACCAUGAUAAGCCAGUUGAAUGCUAUUCGAAGAAGUCUACUAGCAGUCAUGAUUCUCAUUCUACUGAGCAAAUUGAUUCUGCAUCUGAAUCCAACCAAAAACAGACAACAGAGGUUACACAGGCAGAAUCUUCUGGCCACCAGAUGGAUUCUUAUGAUGAUGACUUUUAUGCGGAUAUACUGAAUGAUGAUAUCAUCAGACUAGAUGAAGCUUCAGCGUCUGCAUCUGCUGACAUACUUCCAGUUCUUGCCAAUAAGUCUGAGGCCGAACAAAAUUCUCACCAGCCUAUGCAAGCCAUUUGUAAUUCAGAAGCAAUUCCUUUCCAAGGUACUGCAAACCGAAGAAUCCAUUUGCGAAAGAGAAAGGAAAAGUUUCCUGCUGAGUCACUGGAAGGUCCCAAUUCACAAGAGUCACCAAAAACUUCAGCAGAUAGGAUGGACGAUCAACACAUGCUAUUAUAUGUAAUUAUUAUUAUUCUGGUAUUGCUGGCUCUGUUUCUGUCCAAGUUUUGUUUUACUGACAAUGCUGGCUCUGUUUCUUUCCUUGUUGGAAGGUUUCUGUCAAGUCAAAAACAUCACAAGUAAGUCUCUGUAUAAAGGUUGUGCAGCAAAAUGUUAAUAUUAGACUUUUCUUUCUUGACC